AGUGGCGCGCAACACGCACACGCGCUGUUUAUCUGCUCGCACUGGUUCGCUUCUUCACUCAUGGCUUCCAGAGCUCUCACCAUCCCGCUCUCUCCCCUCCCCUCCCUCCAUCGUUUCAAAUCCCACAAUAACCGCUCGCUCAGCCCCACCGCCGUCGCACCCGUCCUCUCUCUCCGCCGCACCGUUGAAUUUCCGCCAUUUUCGAGGCGGCGAUCGGUCGACACCGGCGCCGUCUGCUUUGCUUACGUAACGGGUCCACCGGCGGACCCAAUCGUGGGCGAUAGGGUCGAGCAUUCGAUCUCUGUCGGCGAUGAUGCGGAUCGGUCGCCUAGUACGGUGAAUUGGGGGCUUCUGUGGAGUCUUUUGGUUCGGCACAAGCUGAGGCUAGCUGUUUCUGUAGCUGCUCUUGUUGGCUGUACCACUUGCACUCUAUCAAUGCCCUUAUUCUCUGGGCGAUUUUUCGAAGUACUUAUAGGGGCAAGACCUGAGCCAUUGUGGCGGUUGCUUAGUACAGUUGCGGUGUUGUAUACAUUGGAGCCGGUUUUCACUGUUAUUUUUGUUAUAAACAUGAACACUGUAUGGGAGAAGGUUAUGUCAACCUUAAGAGCUCAGAUAUUUAGAAGGGUGUUGAUUCAGAAGGUGGAGUUCUUUGACCGAUACAAGGUUGGUGAACUCACUGCUUUGUUAACAACUGAUUUGGGUUCUCUUAAAGAUGUUGUGAGUGAAAACAUUUCUCGGGAUCGUGGUUUCAGGGCACUUUCUGAGGUCAUUGGAACCAUAUGCAUACUUUUUACCCUAGCCCCCCAACUUGCACCUAUUCUGGGACUACUAAUACUUACUGUAUCUGUUUUAGCUGCUGUAUACAAGCGGUCAACUGUUCCUGUUUUUAAAUCUCAUGGACUAGCUGCGGCAUCAAUAUCUGAUUGUGCUACAGAAACGUUUUCUGCUAUUCGUACUGUGAGAUCCUUUGGUGGUGAAAAACACCAAAUGUCAAUGUUUGGUAGCCAGGUUCUUGCUUAUCAGACUAGUGGCAGAAAGCUUGGGACUUUUAAGUCCAUAAAUGAAUCCAUUACUAGAAUUGCAGUUUAUAUUUCGUUGAUGGCCUUAUAUUGCCUUGGAGGAAGCAAAGUAAAGGCUGGUGAACUCUCCAUUGGAACUGUGGCUUCUUUUAUAGGAUAUACCUUCACAUUAACAUUUGCUGUUCAGGGGCUGGUAAACACGUUUGGAGAUCUUCGUGCAACUCUUGCUGCUAUUGAUAGGAUUAAUUCAGUUUUAUCUGGAGUAGAAAUUGAUGAGGCCCUUGCUUAUGGUUUAGAAAAACAAAUCCAGCAGAAAGAAGUGCAUGACGAGAAUCUGAGUCUGUUCUUUGCCAACAAUUAUGAUAAGAAGAACCAAACUAUAAAUGCACAUUAUAUGUCAGCCUUGAAAUCUGCUAGCAAUGUGUAUAACCUGGCUUGGUCUGGCGAUAUAUGUCUUGAAGAUGUGCACUUCUCUUAUCCUUUGAGGCCUGAUGUGGAAAUCUUAAAUGGUCUUGAUUUAACACUAAAAUGUGGAACUGUAACGGCUUUAGUGGGUCCAAGCGGUGCAGGGAAAAGUACAAUUGUACAGCUAUUAGCACGUCUCUAUGAGCCAUCCGGAGGUCACAUAACAGUUGCAGGAGAGGAUCUACGAACAUUUGACAAGAGUGAAUGGUCGCAGGUGGUUUCCAUAGUGAAUCAGGAGCCUGUUCUUUUUUCUGUAUCUGUUGGAGAGAAUAUUGCAUAUGGGCGUCCAAAUGAUGAUGUAUCGAAGGAUGAUGUGAUAAAGGCAGCCAAAGCUGCAAACGCCCAUGAAUUUAUAAUCUCACUUCCACAGGGUUAUGACACUCUAGUUGGUGAGCGUGGAGGUCUAUUGAGUGGGGGACAAAGGCAGAGAAUUGCUAUUGCAAGAGCUUUGCUCAAGAAUGCACCUAUCCUGAUUCUUGAUGAGGCUACAAGUGCUUUGGAUGCGGCCAGCGAGCGGCUGGUCCAGGAUGCUCUGAACCAUCUGAUGAAGGGAAGGACAACUUUAGUGAUUGCUCAUAGAUUGAGCACAGUUCAGAAUGCCCAUCAAAUUGCUCUUUGUUCUGAUGGGAGGGUUGCAGAACUAGGGACCCACUUUGAGUUAUUGGCUAGGAAGGGUCAAUAUGCUGCAUUAGUUGGCAUUCAAAGGCUUGCAUUUGAGUGAUUUUCGCUGGAGAAUGUCUCCAAUUACUCAAAAAAGUCAGAUACAUGUACAUUCCAGUUCUAGAAUUUCAUGUCAAAUUCAAGGCUCUGGCUGCAAAACUACUUGUGUCAAAUUCUUUCCUUCAUGCUGAUUCUCAAGUAUGCUAUAUUCAAAACCAGACACCAUGGCUAGAGAUUGCAAAAGGAGCUGCUGAGAUGGUGAGUUGGAAUCUGCAAAAUACUGUAUGAAUUUUUUAAAAGGUAGUCAUGACAUCACUGGCUGAUAAUACGACCCAAGCUACUUUGCAUUAUGCAAAAUUAAUGAAAACGGUUGCCAUCAACUGAAAUUGCACUGUUAUCUUUUUUAGUUAUAUCAUUAUUGUCAUUUGUAUUUUGAUGGUUAGAUAUGACAACUGUGAAAGUGUACUUAAUGUUAUGAUUUAAUACAACAUCCUUAAAUC